UCUAAUGUAGAAAGUUGUGUGGAUAUGUGGGAACAGAAUCCCUGUGACUUUAACAUAACUUCUGAAGCAGAUGUUGAGAAAUAUGCUGAAGAAUUGGAGAAGUUUUUAGAAAAUGAUGACCCAACCUGGCCAAUCUUUGACAAAGACUAUGAUUCUGCAUUUGACUGGGAAUCUGGCAAUCUGCCCGAGACAACAGAGCUGGACUCGGUUAAGCCACUUGAUGAUGCAGUUAGCUCUGGAAAAGAAAGUUCAGAUAAAGAAGUCAGAGGUGAGACACAGCUGCCUUUCCUCCAGAACUUCAAAAAUGAGCACUCAGUGUUCAGUGAGUCCAAGGAAUUGGUCCAGAAGAACCUUGGCAGUUGUCCAUGCCAGAUGUGCCACAGCUCCAGUGGCUCAGCCAGCCUCAGCCAACCUUCCCCAGGGAGAGACAUAGAACAACCUGAGACCGUGGUGGCUCAGGCUUCAGUCCUGGGGGAGGAAGUCACACAGCCACCUCCAGGCAUCAUGCUUUCCUCCAGCUCCAGCCAGAGCUCCUCGCAUAACAGUCUUCUUCCACAGCAGGCCAGCAGCUCUCUUCAGCCUCCUGCUCCUGCUCCUGCUCGUGCCCAGGAAAGCUCUGUGGAAGUGAAUCAAGGUACCUACCUUCUUGCCACCACCCUGCCCAGCACCAGCUCAUCACAGAAUGUCCCUGCCACCCAGGCCAUCGCCAACUGUGUCAGUCGGAACAUCAUUAGAGAAGGUGGCCAUGUUGGUGGAGACCAGGCUGUGCUGAGUGGUCCCAGAUCCACGCAGGGCUCCAGCUGUCCGGCCUGGGCUCCUGCAGAAGUCAAGCCCGACAUCCCACCCUCAGAAGCUUGUCCACAAAAUGCAGCACCCACUGCACCGCAGCCUCCUUCUCAGGUAGCUGCUCAGUACCUCUUAAUAAAUGAUCCAGGUCUCAAGCAGGUAACUCUGUUGAGGCCAUAUAGUAUGCCUCUGAACACCCAGCAGCAGCAGCUCUAUCAGCUGAUUCCACAGCAGCAGUUGCAGCAACCCAGAGCUCCUGCUCCCCAGCAGCCAGUGCCACCGAGUUCCAACACUCCGGGUCCCGGGCAGCCAGCCCCACUGAGUGCCAGCGCACAACCCUCAACCACUCAGACAACGGCCUCCACCACUCUGCUGACUACGCUCAUGAAUCCCCAUGGAAGGGGAGGCUCUCUGCAGCCCCAGAGGAUGCUGCUGCUUCCGGUUGACCCCCACCUGCAGGGGCCCCAGCAGCAGAACCCCCAGCGGCAGGUGCUGUGGAGAAUCUUGCAGCACUCCAUGUCUGGGACCACAGUAGGUACCCAGACAUCUUGGCCACCGCAGGGCCAGGAAGAAGACAGCCAGCCCAAAGGUAAUACGACGGGAGACCCGCCAGCCCCUCCCAAAUCCUGAGC